ACAAUUACGAACAAUUAGAUUUAUCUGUGUUUCGCUGGAAACAUCGUUAAAUAAAUAUCCGUUAACGAGCAACGAAAAUUCGACGAAGGCAUCACAAUCAAACUUUCGACCUUAGUUGAUCCAUUGUUGUGUUAGCUCUAUAGUGCAAGUUUCCGAGUGCUGCACGAAUUACGAUUGCGCAUAUUCUUUCGCGAAGUACCCGAGUAAAAAAGCUCGGUAAUUAAUGAAACGUUUCCGGACGGACAUUGUAACACGCGCUUAAUUUGUACACCCGCUAAUACGGGGAAAGUGCAAUUAACGAAUCGAAGUGACAGAAUAUAGUUCGAUUUUAAUUGCAGGCACGCCUCGCGUUUGCUCCAGUUUCGCAAAUGAGUAUUAGGAAUUUUCGUUCUUAAUAAUCGGGGGAAAUCGAACUCUUUGUAACUGGUUUUUUAGGACAGGGACGAGAUUUUUCAAUUUUUUUAUUUCGGGACGUUUGGAUCUCAGAAUUUGGGAUUUUAGGACUUUGAGGAUUUGAUACUUUGCAGGUCUUACAAAUUUUAGGUGCUUGAGGAAAUUUUACGUCCUUGAGACUAGAUUUUAGGACUUUGAAGAAAUUUGAGACUUUGAAGUAUUUUAUAAAAAAUUACAAUUUUAAGUCCCUGAAGAUUUAAAAUCCUUGAAAUCAUCUGUAUACUAUUUUCAUUUUUCAAAUUUCGCUCUGUAUAUUUUCGAGUGUGAAGCCUCUUCUAAAGCAAACAUUUUCCCAUCUAACCCAGAUGAAGGAUCAAAGAACAAAAAAGUCAGAAAAUAAACAUUGAAAACUGUUGAAAUUCCAGAAUGAAAAAAGAAUCUCUGGGAUAAUAUGCACGGUCAACUAAUUUUUCUAUUAUAACAACGAAGGUCGUAAAGGUAGUGCUCAAAGCGGAGGUCAUCUCGAUAAAAUAAAAAUACAUGUGAUCGGAUGGUGUAACGUGUGACGACGAUCCGAUGUGGAGAUUACUGACGCAUGUCGAUCUGUUUUCUAGAUUUCCAUCGAGCGUGGAAAGGAGUAGUGUGGGGCAUCGGAACAGGAGGCAGAGAAAGUGCAUGGUGAGCAGAAGGUGCGGGAGGUGAGGAAGGAAGGAUAUUGAUCGACGGGUAGGAGUGCGCGCAUGGGAGAUCCUCUCUGUCCCACCCUGCGGCCUGCAUCCACCUAGGUGGCUGACGAUGGAACGUGCAUCGUGUCAGUCGGUACUUUAACAUCCACACUGCUCUACCAGGAGAAGUCCGGCGUGCCGAGAUCCGGUGAAGUUUGGUGCUCUGCGCCAAGGGUGUGUCGUGUAGUGGCGAAACUCCGAUGAGAGGACGCGGUACAACGCCGGCCCGAAUAUUCGAGGACCGGUCGGCGUAACAGGAAGAGGAAGGGCACGACGAAUCCAUUCAUUGCUGGUGACUUCACCUCGACUACGUAUGUGCGCUCGUACGUGGACGGUCGAAUAGGCGCGUUUCUGCCCUGUUAUCGUUCACGGGAGCGUACAUGUGGCUUUAUUGGCAUUGAUUGGGGGAGUGGACACGCACGACACACGUCACAAGCUCUUUUUCUCCUCUCCUAUUUUCCCCCCUUUUGCGGCAACAACAUCGCCAGAAUCGAGUAAGGAACCAUGGCGAACUGGGGGGACUGGGAAGACACCGACUGGGAGUGGGAAGACACCGAAGAUUGCUCCUGCGAAGAGGAGCAGAAGCAAAUUAUCUCGGAGCCGGAGAUUGACAAGGAGUGGCUAGGAGAUAUCCUACGGGAGUUUCACAAAGAACCGGUGACGAUAACCGAGUGUAACGUGAGCCCCGGAUGUAUGAGUAACGAAAGCGCGCUCAGCGCGAUCAUUCGGGUUAAAGUCAAGUACACGUUGGACGACACGAACUCUGCCCAAGAUCUCUCCUUGAUCGUGAAAGAACUGCCGAAGGAUGCGUUCAGCCGUUUCUUCGUUAUCGAGGGUCAGUUCGAUCUGCGGGAGAUUAAAUUUUACACGCGGGUGAUGCCCGACUUGAAGGAGUUCCAGAAGAAACAAUUAGCGACUCAAGGGGAUACGUCGAACGAGGAGAUCGUACUGUCGGUUCCGGUGUGUUACCACGCGCAUUAUACACCGGCGGAAGACACCGACGACAGCCCCACCACGCCAGACUCGAUUCUGGUGCUGCACGAUCUCCGCGAUUCCGCUUUCCGGAACGUUAAGUUCCGAGAAGGACUGACGUACGAUCAAACCAAGGUCGCGUUAGAUGCCAUAGCGCGCAUACACGCGCACUCUUUAGCGAUGAAAGUCGUGGAGGAGCAGCAUCUGUCCGAACGUUACCCAUUCCUCUUCCAAACAGCGAAGGCGACGGAUUCGUAUCAACAACUGGUAGAGCGUGGCUUACCGCAGCUUGCUAAGUUCUUGAAAAGCACGCCGGGUCUGGAAGCGAUAUUAGAAGCUUUACUGGUCCUAAGACCUAAAACUAAACACAUAAUAUCCGCGCUGUUAGCACCGGAGGGGCCGUUGGCGCUGAUCACGCACACAGAUUUCUGGUGCAAUAAUCUACUCUUCAAGGAAGGACCGAACGGUCUCGAAUGCUGUAUACUCGACUGGCAAAUGGUCACCUACAGUAGACCGACCAACGAUAUCGCUUUGUUGUUAGUGAGCUCGUUGCCCACGGAAUUGCGCCGAAAACACACGGAUACCUUCCUCGACAUCUACUGGAACGCGUUAACCAACACGUGUUCUCGCCUCGGCGUCGAUAUUCCAAAGGAUCUGGGGUACACGAGGGAAGACUUGAACAAGGAUUACAGGCGAUCGCAACUACUCGCGCUUCUACUUUGCAUCGGAUCGGUAGACGUUGCUCUGGGAGAUCCUGAAACUGAACAACGGCUGAUCGACGUGUUAAAGGAUCUUCACAAUGAAGGUGUACUUACGGACGAGACUGUGAUUGCCACCAGCGAAAAUAACCCUUAGUCAACGUUAUUACCGCCCAUGAUAGUGCUACAGCGAAUUAAUAUUUCUACGCGAGAUGCAAAACAAAGUUAUGGGACUGAUUGGUCGCUGUCAGCCAUAAAUUUGCGAUCAACGUGAUCUCAUCUCGAGGAAAAGGCUUGUGUCGAUAAUGAUGUAAUUGCGGGUAGUUAAAGAAAUCGAAGUCACAUUGAGAUUAUCAUUAAAUUGACAGGAAUAGAAUUGAUGGAUAGAUCGUUUUGUUUGGAAACAUUUAAACGUUUUUGCCACAUACGUACAUACAUACACAUGCGCGCAUACAAGUACACGUACAUUUUAAAGUUUAAGUCGAACGAAAUAUUGUAUGGAAUUUUAAAAUUAAACAUGACUAAAAUGCAAAAGAACUAUUAAUAGCACGUGCCGCCAAAUAAAUUAUAUCUUAAAUCAUACUGUUCGUCUGAACCAAUUAAAUAUAACACUUAGAUGGUUGAACUCUGUUUCUCUGACUACAUUUCUUCCCGCAAUUAUUGUAACGGCUAUAAGAUCGACAUUCCGUUAUCGCUGAUUUACGUAUGCAAUAAUUAUAUUAUUCUCUUUCUUUGUACAAACUAUAUAAAUAAAAUAUACUUUGAUGUUGUCAUGAA